AUGAUGACGCUCGGGGCAACGGGAAUCACGUCUGCUCCGUGAUUGGACCAGGUAGGAGCCAAUCAUCCGACGCAGCCCAGCGUUUGGCUGGUUUGCGUCUGGCGUGGAUAAUGUAUCAGGACUGGAGGACGGCGCCUUGCUUGAAUUGUAUUGGUGCUAGCUAUGAUGAUUCACGGCUUUAAAAGCAGUAAUCAAGACUUUAGCUUUGGACCAUGGAAGCUCACUGCUAUCAAGACUCAUAUUAUGAAGUCAGCUGAUGUGGAAAAAAUGGCUGAAGAAAUGCACAUGCCCUGUCUUCCUGAGAUGAUGUUUGGAGACAAUGUCCUAAGAAUUCAACACUCCUCUGGCUUUGGUAUAGAAUUUAAUGCUAAAGAUGCUCUUAUAAGAGUCAAUAAGAAGCAAGGAGUUUUAAAGGUAGCUUGUGCUGAAGAGUGGCAAGAGAGCAGGUCAGAAAACGAUCAUAGCAAAGAAAUUGUAAAGCCCUACGACUGGACCUACACAACUGACUAUAAAGGAACAUUACUAGGUAAUGACCUGAAAUUCAAUGUUGUCACAACUACCGAACGAAUUGACACAGAAAAGCUGAAGACAAGAGAACAAAUCACGUUUUUCGAGGAGGUUUUGUUGUUUGAAGAUGAGCUCCAUGAUCAUGGUGUAUCUGGCUUAAGUGUUAAAAUUAGAGUCAUGCCUUCCAGUUUUUUCCUUCUUCUUAGAUUCUUCCUGAGAGUAGAUGGUGUCCUUAUCCGAAUGAAUGACACACGACUUUAUUACGAAAGUGACAAACCGUACAUGCUGAGAGAAUACACAUCCAAGGAGAGCAAGAUCAGCAACCUUAGUCAUGUGCCCCCUCCUUUUUUCACAGAGCCCAAUGAUAUUUCUCAGUAUUUACCUGUGAUGGAAGCAAUUUAUGAAAAGUUAGAAUUCCCAUUAAUACCGCAAGAAGACACGAGUGACUCUCUGACAUCAACAAUUGCACAAACCCCACAAAUUCUUUUGUAGAGUAGUCAUGAUCUAAAGUUGCCACCAAAAAAAUAGUCAUUGUGAAUAGAAAGAAGUAUUGAUCCCAUUUCAUCAAAGCACAAUUGUAGUACAGUCCCACAGAGAUUCCAGUUGUUUACAAGUGUUUUUGCAAUACAAGAUGCCUUAGUAGGUCCACAUGUAUUUCAUUCUAGGCCAUCGGUGGAGAGUUAACAUACUGGAAAUGUGCAAAGUUCAUGGGAAUCAGUGGGUGAUAAUGGUUGAAGAUGCCUGCUUACUAGUGACUUCCAAGUACUAGUCAAGUGCUGAGACACCUGAUUAUUUUUUUCUAUAUAUAUAUUACACACACAUCUGUAAUCUAUUUUUAUUUUUUUUUUAUUUUUAUUAUUUUUUUUUUUUUUACUUUGCUGCAUACAAAACCAGACAAACAUUUGUAUAUUCCUGCAUAUAGAUAACCUGUGCAUCAGAUUCUGAUUGAAUAAGAUAAGAAAUCUUUUUGGUAUUUAGAAAACAUUCUCCACCCGAAGUGUACCACUGUGUCUUUGUUUACUCCACACUGGAAUGAGAUUAAACUUUAGCAAUUUAAUUUGCCAUCAUUUGUAAAUUUGAUUGCUAGUGGAAUAUGGAAACAGUACCUUAUAAAUCAAACAUUUUAUAUGUAACUGUGCUUCAGCUGUUUUAUUUGUAAUCUAUUUUUAGAAAAUUAAAGUGUUGCUUAAAGCGGGC